CAACAAAAACAACACCAACCCUAAAUUUCAUAUCUGGGUCUCAAUUACACAACAACAAAAAGAUCAUCAAAACCCUAAAGUUUUUUUUAUUUUUUUUUUUUCAAGAUUAAAAGCAAACCCAUCUUUGUAUAUGUGCUUUUUUGUUCAAAAUUUUCAAGAUUUUAUGUAUAAUCUUGUUGCAGUAUCAUAAUAAUCAUCAUCAAAUUUCAUAAUCUUUUAAUUUGGUCAUAAAGCACUUAUCCUUUUUUACCCAUUGAUCUGAUUCAAGUGGGUGGUGAUAAAGAUUUUUUUUUUUUUUACUUUUUUUAUUUUGAAGAAUUAUGGGUAGGGGGAGAGUUGAGCUUAAGAGGAUUGAAAACAAGAUAAACAGGCAAGUGACUUUUGCAAAAAGAAGAAAUGGACUGCUGAAGAAAGCAUAUGAACUCUCUGUACUUUGUGAUGCUGAGGUGGCUCUUAUUAUCUUCUCCAACCGUGGGAAGCUUUAUGAGUUCUGCAGCACCUCCAACAUGAUCAAGAUGCUUGAAAGGUAUCAGAAUUGCACCUAUAGUUCGAUGGAAGUUAACCGAUCUGCCAAUGAUGCCGAGCAAAGCAGCUACAAAGAGUACAUAAAACUGAAAGCUAAAUACGAGUCGCUCCAACAAUACCAAAGGCAACUUUUUGGGGAAGACUUGAACCCGCUAAAUCUGAAAGAACUUGAGCAACUCGAGCGCCAACUUGACUCUACUCUAAGGCAAAUCCGGUCCAUAAGGACUCAAUCAAUGCUGGAUCGGCUUUCGGAACUUCAAGUUAAGGAAAGGAUGUGGCUUGAAGCUAACAAAGGUUUGCAAAAUAAACUAGAAGAAUAUUAUGCAGAAAACCAAGCAGGACCAUCAUGGGCAGGAGGUGAACAUGUAAAUUCAUUUGGGCAACACCAUCAGAACCAGGAACAACAUCCUCCAGAUCAUGAAGGUUUCUUUCAGCCUCUUGACUGCACAAAUUUGCAAAUCGGGUAUAAUGCAAUAGGUUCAAGCCAAAUGACAGCAUCAACAAGUGGGCAGAAUGUGAAUGGAAUAAUCCCUGGAUGGAUGCUUUGAAUUUGACUUUGCCUUGACUUUGACUUUUGCAUGGUCAAUGGAGCAACAAACCAGUCACAUUUAUCCUUUUUUGUGAUAUAAAAUCUACAAUAAACAGGAUCUUUAAUAAUUUUGGAUGUAUUUUGGAGACAUGUAAGAACCAACCCUUUUUCUUCAAAGUUGUUUUUUGUUUGCACAUUUUAGGGUGGUUAACCUCUUUCUCCUGAA